GCCGCGACGUGGGCGGCCGUAAAGCGCCCGCGGCCCCGGUCGGAGCUGCCUGCCCGCGCCCCCCGCGCGCCGCCCGCGCCCCCCGCGCGCCCCCGGCCCACGCCAUGGCCGGCCUCGAGCCGCGGGUCGAGUACCUCGAGAGCUUCCGCUGCCCGCUCGGGGGCCUGGCGGCGGGCCGGCCGCGCGUGCUGUGCCACGGGCCCGCGGUCUUCGUGUCCGCCGGGAGCGAGCGGGUCUCCGUCUACGAGCAGGGGGGGAGGCUGCUGACCGCCGUGUACAGCUUCCCCGCGCCGGUGUGGCAGCUGGAGCUCUCGGCCGUCCCCGGGCUGCUCUACGUCCUCUGCGCCCGGAGGGGCAUCUACUGCUUGUCGCCGGACCCCGAGAGCAGGUGCAUGAACCAAGAUGACGGGAGUGACCAGGACAGUGAGGACGGCGAGCCUCCUUGUGCCGUGAUUUCCGUGGACCCAGACGCCUGCCUGCUCCCAGAUGCCGCUCUGUGUACUUUCACUGUGGUUGCUGAUAAGCUCGUCACCCUGGCACAGGGCCCUGCCCACUGGAAGGUACAGCUGUUUGAGUGCCCCCGUCCGGGAGAGGACGCCAGACUCAGAGGCCAGGUUGGCGAGGUGGAGUUGUCCAUCUCCAGCCCCCUCACUGGGCCCCUUGGGGAGCCCACAGCCCCCCGCUUCCUCCCAGUGCUGUGCUGUGUGUCCCCAGCGGGCCCCAGUGCUCUGCACAGCCGUGCGCAGGGCUCUGGGGGCUUCUUGCUGGAACGGGCCCUCUUUGGGCUACUGUUUGGAGUUGACGCCUCUCUUCUGGAGUCACCUGUGAUCCUCUGUGGUCUCCCCGAUGGCCAGCUCUGCUGUGUGGUCUUGAAGACUCUGGUCACCUCAAAGUUGUCCCCUGGCGAUCCGAAGGCCCUUGUCAAGAUUCUCCAUCACCUGGAGGAACCUGUUGUUUUCAUUGGGGCCGUGAAGACAGAGUCAUUGGCCCAGGACGUGGAAGACACACACCCUGACUGCCUGGUGGCACUUGGUCAUGACGGCCGGGUCCUAACCAUCAAGGCCGGCUGGGACGAGGCUGGGACUCUGGUGCCGGAGCUGCGGGAGUACCGGCUGCCGGGGCCCGUGCUCUGUGCGGCCUGUGGCGGAGGUGGCCGUGUCUACCACAGCACCACCUCGGAGCUCUGUGUCGUGGACCUGGCUCAGGAAGGCGUCCCCAGUGGGGACCUGGGAGACCCGCCAUCUCUGCUGUGUCCAGCCGGCUUGGGCGUCUGCAGCGUCGUCACCCUCUCAGUGUUGUCCGAGGUGCCCGAAGGUGACGUGAGGCUCCUGGCCCUGUCCACCAGGGGCCGCCUGAUGACCUGCCGCCUGCAGCUGAGCUCGGAGGUGCCGGGCCCCACUAGAGCCGCUGCGGCCAGUACUGGCCAGAAGAUUAAGGACUUGCUAUCUGGGAUCGGCACCGUCUCUGAGAGGCUGUCUUCUCUGAGGAAGGCUGUUGACCAGCGGAACAAGGCCCUGACCUGCCUCAACGAAGCCAUGAAUGUGAGCUGCAUCCUGUUGUCCGGCCGGGAGGGCCCCAGGCCCAUCUCGUGCACCGUGACGACUGCCUGGAGCCGCCCACAGCUGCAGGACGUGCUGACUGCCACCUGCCAGCUGGAGAACAGUAGCGGCCUCCAUCUGGACCGGGGCUGGGCCUUGUGUGUGCGGGUGCUGACCAGCGCCUCUGCCUCAGACUCUGACGUGGCCAGCGCAGCCACCACCUACACCAUCCCUGUGGACCGGCUGGGCCCCGGCGAUCGGCGGGAAGUGACGCUGCCCCUGGGCCCCGGGGAGGAUGGCGUCCUGCACCUGCCCCUGACCGUGUCUUGCGUACUCCAUUACAGCCUCAGGGAGGUCGUGGGCGGGGCGCGUGCCCCGUCAGAGUCCUCUAAGGACUCCUUGGAUGAGUGCCGCCCUGAUAUCUUGCCCGAGCAGGACGGCAUCUGCCUGCCCCUGUGUGAGCACACCGUGGACGUGCUCUGGUGCCUGCGCUUCCCUGGCCUGGCCCCAGCCCACACACAGGCGCCCGGGCUGCUCGGCCCCCUGUGCGACCCUGUGGAUACUUUCUUGGGAUCUCUCCUCGGGCCCCGCAGCGAGCCGACAGGACCUGCUUCCCUGCGGGCCAAGUUCCUGCCUCCGUCGGUGGCCACGAUCAAAGUGUCUGCAGAGCUGCUGAGGGCUGCCUUGGGGGACCGUCACUCAGCAGGCACGUCCGUGGACUGUGCCACCCUGCAGUGGCUCCUUGCCGAGAACGCCGCCCUGGACGCUGUGCGAGCCCGCCAGCUGCCCUCGGUCCAGGGAGUGGCCCCAGAUGGCGCUGAUGUGCACCUGACCGUCCGAGAGGUGGCCAUGACCGACCUGGGCGCAGCAGGGCCCCUGCAGACUGUGGAGAUCCGGGUGGAGAGCUCCUCUCCGGCAAGCCUGUGCAGCGCACACCACGCGGUCAUCGGGCGUCUGCAGAGGAUGGUCGUGGAGCAAGCUGCCCGGAUCCCCGGCCCGCCCGACCUCCGUAUACAGUGUCUCCAGCAGACCCACAGCAGCCACGAGACCCUGCUGCGGGAGGUGCAGACCCUGCGGGACCGGCUGUGCACGGAGGACGAAGCCAGCCUCCAGGCCACCGCCCAGAGGCUCCUGCAGGUGCACCAGCAGCUGCGCAGCCCCAGCCUCCUCCUGGUGUGACCCCAGCUGCCCACGACUCCUGCUGAACCUGGUCAUACCUGGCCGUCCCUGGCCUGGAGCCCUGGAGCCGGAUCCACGACGUCUGUCCCCCCUCCCCCCCAACUCAGAAGUCAGGCCCCGGGUGCAGGGUCCGGGCCCCAGAGCAGCCCACGGGCCCAGGAGAAAGUUUCCAGAUUUGGGACUUCGGGGGUUCUGGCCAUGGCUGUUGCCUGCCCCACUGCCUGCUCCCCCAAGUACAGACCUCUCCUCCCUCUCGGGGCCCCUCACUUACGGGCUGCUGCUGAGGCCACCCACUGGGAAUGCUGUCCUGUGGCUCUGACACUCCCACGGUAGGUGCUUGUGGCCGGGGCCGUGCACAGCCCUGUGCCCUGUCUCCAGGGCCCCUUGGCCUGAGCAGCCACUCAGUGGCCCUCCAGUGCUGGUGCGUCCAGCAGUCGGCGGGGGUGACCCCCUGUUUGGACUCAACAUGGUGCUCUCCUGUACAUGCAAGGGCUGCGAGGCCCCCCUUGCUGCGGGAAAAGUCUGUUCCCCAUGGA